AAAGCUUUGGGUGAGUGAGAUGAGUGCGGACGGCGGGCCGGCCCCCCAGCUCAGCAUGAACACCUCGGAGCGGGCGAACGCGUCGGGGAGCCGGUGGCUGUCCCUGGGGCAGGAACAUGUGCUGGGCCCGGGACAGUGGUGGGGUCUGGUGGUGCUGUUCAGCGGCCUGGUGCUGACCAUCGUGCUGGGCAACGCGCUGGUGAUCGCGGCGUUAACCAGCAAGCCCCGGCUGCAGACGCUGACCAGCAACGUGCUGGUGGGCUCGCUGGCGUGCGCGGACCUGCUGGUCGGCCUGGCGGUGGUACCCCUCGGGGCUGUACUGGUGGUGACGGGCAGCUGGCCCCUGGGAUCGCCCAGCUGCGAGCUGUGGAGCUCGGUGGACGUGCUGUGCGUGACGGCCAGCAUCGAGACCCUGUGCGCGAUCGCCGUGGACCGUUUCGUGGCCAUCUGCUGGCCGCUGCGCUACCAUAGCUUCCUGAGCAAGGCGCGGUGCCGGGGCAUGGUGUGCGGCGUGUGGAUGGUGGCGGCGCUGCUCUCCUUCCCCCCCAUUAUGAACCGCUGGUGGGAAGCCGACGACCCCGCCGCCCAGAGCUGCUACAGGGAGCCGACGUGUUGUGACUUUAUCACCAACCGGACGUACGCUGCUGUCUCGUCAGUCGUGUCCUUCUAUCUCCCCCUCACUGUGAUGGUGCUGCUCUACACCAAAGUCUUCCUGGAGGCUCACAGGCAGAGGAACAGAGCGCACUCUCACUCACGCCGCCGGCGCCCCUCCAACCUGCUCGCCCUGAGGGACCACAAAGCCCUGAAGACCCUCGCCAUCAUCAUGGGAGCUUUCACCGCCUGCUGGCUGCCCUUCUUCGUGGCAAACAUGGGCCAGGCUCUGCUCCGGCGGCGCCUGCCCCGCUGGCUCUUCCUGUGCUGCAACUGGCUGGGUUACAUUAACUCGGCCCUCAACCCGUUCAUCUACUGCCGCAGCCCGGACUACAGGCGAGCUUUCCGGGAGCUGCUCUUCCUCAAGGCCCGCCGCCGGCCGGCGGACAGAGGGCUCCCCGGGUGCCCGCCGCCAGCCUCGACUCCAGCGGCCGAGCGACGGAGCGAGUGGCCGGCGGGCCGCCGCCACGACGGGGACUGAGGGAGCGAGGGAGGGAGGGGGGGGGGGAUACCUCCGCCACCCCCCGCCCCCACAACACAACACACACACACACACACACACACACACAAGGACACCGGGAGACAGAGCCCCUCCACCACCCAACCCACAGGUCAGCUCUGGAAGG